UAGCAAUGUGACAAUAUAUGGAAAAAUGUCAUUUGUUGCCGUAGUUGGGUUGUAUUGCUAAUGCCUCACCCUAGUUUGUGAUUUUUAUGCCUCUUGCCCGUCGAAGCUCAUUAGGCUAUGCUUGGGUGGUAAGUAAGGCUCUUCUGCUGACUGAAGCUGUGAGGCUGUUGUGGGUCGCACCAGAGCGUCAAGACGGAGUGCUGCUUGGUCAAGACUCACAAUUGUAUGCUGUGCCCAAUCUGUAUUGGGUGAGUUGCAUUUCCUGUAAUUGGAUUCUUGAACCGAGUGAAAGCCGUCAACCUACAUGCUUGCAAGCUGUUUGAUAAUUGUUCUGUGAGAAAGAACCUCGAGUGUGUGUUUAUAGUCGAUAUGGCCAACAGCAAAUACGAGUAUGUGAAGUCGUUCGAGCCCGAAGACGAGGUGCUGCUGCCCAAUUUGAUCGUUGUUCGUAUCGACGGUCGUGAUUUCCGAAGGUUUUGUGAGGUUCAUGAGUUUGUGAAACCAAAUGAUGAGAUAGCUUUGAAUUUGAUGAACUCGUGUGCGGUUUCUGUGAUGGAGAAGUUUCCAGACAUUGUUUUUUCAUAUGGGUUCAGCGAUGAAUACAGUUUUGUUUUCAAGAAGACAACAACUUUCUACCGGAGGCGUGCAAGCAAAGUGCACUCCCUUAUUGUAUCUUUCUUCACAGCGGAAUAUGUUCUUAGAUGGAAAGAAUUCUUCCCUUACAAGGAGUUAAGAUAUGCCCCUUCAUUUUGUGCACGGGUAAUAUGUUGUGCUACAAUAGAAGUCCUUCAAUCGUAUCUUUCAUGGAGACAAAAUGAGUGUCAUGUAAAUAAUCAGAAUGACACUUGCCUAUACGAGCUGGUUAGGCAUGGAAAAACUGAAAAAGAAGCGCAAGAGUUUUUAAAGGGGACCCAAAAAAAUGAGAAACAUGCCUUGCUAUUUGAACAGUUUGGUAUCAAUUAUGAAAAACUGUCUGUAAUGGUCCGUCAAGGAUCCUGCAUUCUGAAAACACAGAUGGAAGACAUCGUGAAGUACAAUGAGAAUGGCGUUCCUGUUAAGAGACCUAGGAAAAGGCCAAUAAUAGUCCACUCAAAGAAUGUUGCUGGGACAAGCUUUUGGAAUGAACAUGAAAGUCUUCUAAAAGAGCUGGGUUGUUUUGUGAAGAACAUUGGAAAGGUUGAUCCAGAUUUUGUUAGGUCCUUCCAAUUUGAAAAGAAAUUGAUGCCGUCUACCUGGAUUGUAAUUAGAAUUGAUGGUUGCCAUUUUCACAGUUUUUCUAAAGAUCAUGAAUUUGUGAAGCCGAAUGAUGAGCGAGCUCUCAACCUCAUGAACUCUUGUGCAGUGGCUGUGGUAACAGAGUUUCAAGAUAUAGUCUUCUCCUAUGGUGUCAGUGAUGAAUACAGCUUUGUUUUGAAGAAGGAUUCUCAACUCUAUCAAAGGCGAGAGAGUGACAUAGCAUCUGCCAUCGUAUCAUUUUUCACUUCCAUGUAUGUAAUGAAAUGGAAAUAUUUUUUCCCAAGAAAAGAGUUGAAGUAUACCCCUUUUUUUGAUGGGCGUGCUGUAUGCUAUCCAUCAUCUCAAAUUCUUCGGGACUAUCUCGCAUGGAGACAAGUUGAUUGCCACAUCAAUAAUCAAUAUAACACUUGUUUCUGGGAGCUUGUUAAGUCCGGAAAAAGCGAGAGGGAAGCUCAAAAUGUUCUAAAGGGUACACAAACACUUGAGAAAAUGGAACUGCUUAAGCAAUUUGGUAUUAGUGACUACAAUAAAUUACCAGUAAUGUUCCGUCAAGGUUCUUCAGCUUACUGGGAAAAGGAAGACAUCAGUUUGGUAGAGGAGAAAGGAGCAGCGUCAAAUGGAAAAUGUCAAAAGAAAGUGAUCCUAGAACAUUGUAAUAUAAUUGAGCCAAGCUUCUGGAACUCACAUCCAAACAUUCUUGGCGAGAAACUUGAUAUUCUCUGAAACCACAGGUGAAAAAUUUUCUUUUGCUUGGUGGUAAUAGUUUUUCAUUGCGUAUUUGUGAACUAUACUGGUACUUUUGAAAAUUUUUAUUGAAUGUAAUAAGCAUACGACUUUUAGCAAAGUGAAAGUUAUUUUAGAAGUAAAUCAGUAAAUUAAAUAUAUGUAUAUAUACAGAUUUUGGAAAGCAUAAAACAUUCUAAGGCUUCGGAUGUCAACCUAGAUUAAUCAAUUAUUUUCUAUAUUCAUAUUGAUGCAAAUUAAAAUUUGCAAAGAAAGUGCAGAUUUUAUGA